AUGCUGCUGUGGUGGUGUGCAAACAUCUUCUGCAGGUUGACUGCAGCGUGGUUCCCUCUGCUCUUCUCAUCACUGCUGCUGCAAACGAUCUCCCCCACACAUGCCAGCCCAUCCUGCCCACAGAGCUGCAGCUGCCCAGGAGUUAAAGAGGUCCACUGUACUUUCAGACACCUCACCACUGUCCCACAAACAUUUCCAAAAGACACGGAGAGGCUCAACCUGGGGUACAACAGCCUGACAGAGGUGGAGGGGUCAGAGUUCAGGUCACUGCGGCAACUGGAAAUGCUCAUGCUGCAUGGCAAUGACAUUAGCACAGUCCACCCUGGAGCGUUUUACAGCCUGAGAUCGCUACAGAUUUUGAAGUUAAGUUACAACAAGCUAACAUCGGUGAGCCCCGGCCUGUUUGAGGGUCUUGUUGGUUUGAUUCGUCUCCAUCUGGACCACAACCUCAUCAAGUUCGUAGAGCCGUACUCCUUCUCUGGACUGACCUCCUUAAAACUCCUGCAGCUUGAAGGAAACCUUCUUCAAGAGGUCCACCCUCAUACCUUUAUAACGGUGUCACUGCUUGGGACAUUUUGGACAUCUGGACUCAAACAUUUACAUCUGUCAGACAAUCUCAUGGAGCAGCUUCCUGCUGCAGCCCUGAAGACUGCUCCCAGGCUGGAACUUCUCACUCUACAUGGUAAUCCCUGGACCUGUGACUGUCAGCUCCGGUGGCUGGUAGAGUGGAGCUCCUCUCAUGAAGGUGUAAUUAAGUGCAAGAAGGACCGUGGCUCCAGUGAGGUUUGCCCCCAGUGCUCUUCUCCUCAGCCUCUCAAUGGGACUCUGUUGCUCGGAUUACCUGCAGAGAAGCUUACCUGUGCACCCCCAGCUCUUCGCUCUCCUCUCAAACAGUGGGACAGUCCUGUGUGGGCUGAAUCGGAAACAGAGCCCGACCUACCGUACAUCCGUGACUUUGAGAAGCCUUUAGGGCGUCUGAUCUUAGUUCUAUCGGACAGCCACGGGAACAACGCUCACCUGCCGUGUGAUGUGCGUCAGCCUGGAGACAGCUCACCGAUGGCUUGGACCAUGAAUCCACUUUCCCCCGGGGGAUUAUCUGUGAAUGUGUCACUCGUGACCGUCCUCGAAUGUGAGAUUGAUCGGGAGACGUUGCAAAAUCUGUGGCAAUUGGUCGCAUACUACUAUGAAAGCCCUGCUAUUUUGGAGAGAGGACAACUAAGAGGGAAUGCAAGCGGAGUUACGUAUCAGUACUCACAGGUAGUGAAUGAAAACUCCCCUUAUUUCACAGAUUUAAAAGGAUAUCUGUCGGCAGAACCCUCUUGGCUGCUUCAACCAAGAGUCACGUUGAGGCUCAACAGACAGCAGACAACAACCAAGAAGCUGGUUAUGGAUUUCACUGCAGUGAUCACCAGGCACAUGAACAGUUAUGAAGGGAGGGACGAUGACAAUAACCUCUCCCUGACGUGGGCUCUGAUUCACAGAAGGACAGCAGGGCGGGUCCAGACGGCUCUCUAUGGUUCAAAGGUUAAGCUGGAGUGCCGUGUUGUCGCCUCAGAUCCAGAGGUUAACAUAGAGUGGAUCCUUCCAGAUUUGUCCAUCGCUGAAGAAACAACUGAUAAAAUAGAUAUUUCUGUAAGAGGAGAGCUCGAGAUUUUGAACGCUACGCUGUCAGACUCAGGUCUUUACCACUGUAUGGUCAGAACCAGGGCCGGUGUGGACUUGAUGCCUCUGAGGCUCACUAUAAAGGAACGCUCACUCGGACCCACUUCAUUCAACGGACAGAAGAUUGUAUCAGAAAAAGGACGCUCUUUUUCUCUCCCGUGUGAAGUCACCUCAGUCCUGCCCAGUCAAACAAUAUGGUACCUGCCGAAAAACCAGAUUCUUCUCCCCACACAGCGGACCAGACGGGCGGAAGUGAUGGAAAAUGGGACUCUGGUGGUGAAAAGGUUGACACAAGAAGAUGCAGGGGAAUACAGCUGCGUAGCUUCAAAUCUCUAUGGAGUUGACAUGCUGUCACACAUGGUGGAAGUCACAGGAAAAAAUGCCUCUGAGCAAUCCAAAAAACAGCAACUCCUGCCAUUACAUGUGGAGGAAGGAGAGGGUUCAGGGGGAGAUUACCAGGAAAUAAUACGUCCUUUUGCUACGCAGUUCCCGAAGAAACCAGCAGCACAGCCAAGAAAUCCCAAUGGUCUUCCAAAAGGAAGAACCAAAGAUCUGAAAAGAAAACCAGAUAAAUCUGUUAAAGAAUCAGAGCUGAAUGAGUGGGAAGAGAUACCUGCUAAAGGUAAGGCUGAACCGAGCGUUCCUCUGUCCACAGAGCCGUCACUACCAGAGCCAAGCACUGUUUCCUUCCACACAGGUACAUCCAAACCUGCAACUACAGCAGCUUCUCAUCAUCAUAACCCAGACCCUACCGUAACCCCUCCUGAUACAAGUAUAGAGCAAACAAAUGCACCCACAAACACAGACGCAGUGAGUAUCAUCUACUCUACAGUGAAAACAAGAGGAAGUGAAAAAGACCCGACGUCAGAAAGUCCAUCACAGGUUUCACAACAUCCAUUUCCAGAAUCAACGCCACACUUUGUUGGUGAAACCACAGAAAAGGCAGAGACAGUCACUAACUCCUCCGGUGUUAGAACUCAUCCCUCUGUCGGACAGUCAGAAAACAAGCACUCAGGAGAGGGGAGAAGGAAAUACACCCCCAUUCCUCCGUCACAAAGGAGACGGCCACCUUACAGACGAAGGAAACCACCACUGAGGAGGGUCCACCCGUUCCAUCGUCCAAACAAACCUCACAGAACGACUCCUGCAACAACCACCGCCACACCGACAACACCUAUGACCACUACUACUACUACUACUACUACUUCUACUACUACUACCACACCUGAUUCAACCAUAGGGGAAACAUAUGAAACCUUUUCAGCAGAGACUGAGGAUGAAGAUGAAUACAGUGAGGGAUACGAUAACAAGCCUAUGAUUGGUUUGGAUUCUAGGGGAGAUUUAAACAGUCAAACCACAACAUUUCCACCAGAACAAGAUUCAUAUGAAGGAAGCUCUCAGAGCAAACAUCAUUUACCUCAUCCAAACUUAAAUUUUACUCCAAAGCUAGAUAGUACCCCCCAUCCAACUGAUGAAGCGUUUAAAGAAAAUGAGAGAGAUAGUGUUAGCAAAAAGAAACUAACAAGGUUUGAGAUCAGAACGCAAACCAAAGACAAAGAAAGAGACAACAAAGCAGGAGACAGAGAGAGGGAGGUAAUAACUGCAGGGAAAGAGCAAGAAAAACACAAAAGCAACAAGAAAGACUCCAAAGAAAGUGAUUGGGGUAAGAGCAACAAAAGCCCAGAUAGACAAACAACUAAAGCCACACCUUCACAAGAACAACACACACCAACUCAAACAUGUACUCUUGCUCCCUCACAUUCAACACGAGGCAGAACAGAGGGGGAGGACCGAGAGGUUUACAAACCAGAACCAAAGAAAGAGACCCACAGUUUCCCUGUGAUGGAGCCGGUUCAUCCCUGGCUCCAUCAGAGCAAUCAGGGGAAAGUGAUCUCUACCUCUGGAUCAACAAAUGCAAACCAAGACAGAAACACACACAGACAAGGGGGAGGGAGUUCAAGCAGGCAUCCCCAGCCUCCCAGUGUCCCCCCGACCUCCCGCUGGCCUUCUUACCAUCAUCAUCAGCAUCACUACUACCCCUUCUACCCCUCCCGGCCAGGUCAAAGGACAUUCACUCAUCCAAGGCAAGGCCCUGUGCAGAGAAUUGUGCCCACGCACCAACCCUGGCCUCUCCCCCACCCCUGGAUUAAGGAUCCAGUUGUUACCAACAGACCAGAAAUCACAGCUGAGACAGUGAGGCCCACAUCUCCCUCUCCUGGAACCACCGUAAACUCCAAACUGAAAAUCUCUCAUCCACAACCGUCGCAUCAUCAUCGCAAUCAUCACAAUCAUCACAAUCAUCACAAUCAUCAUGUGGACACCAGGACCCAAACCAGAGAUCAAAUGUUUCUAUCAAGGCUGAGGAACAGAUACAGACAGGCACAGCUAGAUCGCCUUGCUCAGCUAGGGAGGAUGGUGACACCCAGACCUCCUUAUAUCUUCCAUAAUCCCCCAUCCUCCAUCACACCAAAGACCAACUAUCCAUAUCCACAAAGACCCUACAUCCCCAAACCAGCAGCCACAGCUUCUUACUCCUACACCCUGAGACCUCCAAAGUCAGCUAAACCCUCAUCAUCACCAUUCUCUGGUUUCAUCCCGACCCCUCGUCCCUACAGCCCCACCACCCACGGGGUACCGUACGGAGGUCAGUGGCCUGUUGGAGGACGAAUCAGCUCUCGGAGGCCCACAGCUGCUCCUCCUUUUCCGUGGGUGCUGGGAGCAAAAGGUGGUGGGGGUAAAGCACAAAUUACCACUGUAGCCAGAGCCAGUGUGUCAGUACUGGCAGAGAGUGAUGUGCUCCUACCUUGUGAAGCAACAGGGAAUCCUGAGCCCAACAUUGCCUGGACUAAAGUUUCUACUGGCGCCACCAUCCCAGCCAACACCAAACAUGGUUCUCGUUUUGAAGUAUUGAAAGAUGGAUCUUUUGUUAUCAGAAACAUCCAGCUUCAGGAUCGAGGCCAGUACCUCUGCACGGCCCAGAACAGGUUUGGAUCAGACCGUAUGGUCAUCACCUUAGCUAUCCAGACUGAAGCACCCAAGAUCCAGCCCCAGAAGUCAACACAGAUAGCUGUGUAUUUAGGUAAAACUGUGUCUUUUCACUGCUUUGCUUCUGGAAAACCACCUCCCCAGAUCUCCUGGAUUCUACCUGACAGGGUGUUUGUCCGUGAAGUCGGGACUGUGCACACUCUCCUGUCUCCAAUGUCUCUGCUUCAAAAUGGAACCCUGCAAAUUCAUUCUUCCAAUUUUUCAAGCAAAGGGGAUUAUAAAUGUAUAGCGAGCAAUGCAGCAGGUGCUGACACCAUAACGUAUCACCUUCAUGUGGCAGCACUGCCGCCAACCAUCAGUGAAGGAGGAACGGAUACUGUGAUCAUCCAGCCAGGGCGGAGUGUGUACGUCCACUGCUCUGUGAUUGGGGAACCAGUGCCUGCUCUGAAGUGGAUGCUUCCUACAGGAGUCAGUGUCAAACCAUCACAGUUUCUUGGGCGCCGGCUUUUUGUCUUUCCCAAUGGGACACUGUUUAUGAAGAGCAUUUCACCUGUUGAUGCUGGAAGGUACGAGUGUCUGGCUACGAAUGCUGUGGGCACUGCAAAAAGAACCGUCCAGCUGGUGGUUAGGGUAGAUUCCCCGCCCUUCCUCGAGCCUCCUCGUCCUCUUCCUAUCCCACACUCCCGCCACCAUGGUGCUCCAUCCCGCCAACACUCCGUCUCAGCAAUGUACGGCUCUGCCGUCUACCUCCACUGCCCAGAGUCGACUGGCUCCACGAGGGGAACGAUCUGGCAACUACCCUCCAAGACCAUGAUGGAACAUCAGUACAGUCCAGAGAGGCCAAUUAAAGUUUUCCGCAAUGGCACGUUAAGGAUUCUCCAGCUGACAGAGGUGGAUGGUGGAAACUAUCAGUGCGUCUUCCAGCGGCCCAAUGGAGAGGAAAUCGAGCUCUUUCAAGUGGAGGUGAUAAUGACCCCUCCUAGAAUCGAACACGUGAGGACUGCACAGACCAGCGUCACCUUUGGAGAAAAUUUCCAGGUGGACUGUGUUGCCACAGGCCUCCCUGAUCCAGAUGUGUCUUGGAGUCUUCCUGAUGGAACUUUAAUAAACAACGCACUUCAGUCCGACGACAGCGGCCAUCGCAACCGACGCUAUAUCAUUUUUGGCAAUGGGACGUUACUUCUCCAGCAGAUGGGCAAAAAAGACGAGGGCGACUAUACGUGCUACGCCAAGAACAAACUAGGGAAGGACGAAAAGAAAGUCAGUGUCAAAGUGGGACCCAGUGCUCCAAAGAUUAGAUCAAAAGUACAAUCUCUGGUGACGGUGAAGUUAGGAGAAUCAGCCAGGUUGAGCUGCCAGGCGACGGGUGAACCCACACCGAGGAUCAUGUGGGUCUCACCCAGCAACGAUGUGAUAACAAUGCCAUCAGAUAAAUUUCAGAUCAUGGAUGAUGGGAUGCUAGAAGUGAGAAAAAUAACCCUGGCUGAUGAAGGUAAAUACUCUUGUGUAGCACGAAACAUGGCGGGGGAUGAUGUUAAAAAUAUGAAGCUUGAAGUAGAACCACAGGAACCCUUCAUCAACAGGAUGAAGGGGAGGAGCACCUCCAGGGUUCUGGCUGUUUCUUACCAAACUGUGCUUCUGGACUGCAGAGUGGAUGGGAAACCCAAACCAAGAUUCUGGUGGGUUUCUCCUCACGGCCACUCUCUACCAACACCUUACCUGGGCGGUCGCUUCCAGGUGCACCUGAAUGGAAGCCUGGAGCUGAGGGGCGUGAGGAAAACAGAUGAAGGGAGGUACAUGUGUCAGGCCAGAAACAGUCUCGGUGAAGCUUCACUUUUAGUUGAACUAGACGUGGUGCCACUGGCUGAGAAACCAAGUUUUGCUGUCCCCAAUAUUGAAAUCCUACCAUUAAAGCAGGAUAGUGGUGCACUGAUCCUAGACUGCCCUGCUCGGGGCAAACCAAAGCCUGAGUUUGCCUGGAUUCUACCGAACGGGACUGUGUUAACGCCCGGUGUUCGACUCCAGCGUUUCACACAUCAUCUUGGAAAUGGAUCCCUCCAGAUCUCUCAUGCGGUUGCAAGCGACAAGGGAGUGUACCGUUGUCUUGCAAAAAAUGUGGCAGGGCAGGCGGAGAAACGUUACGCACUGGAGACGGGCAGGAAGCCAGUGAUCAGAGGAUCUACAGGGGCAAUCAAGAUCAAUUACGGUCUGAAUCUGAACCUGCCCUGCGCUGUGGACGGCUGGCCUCAGGCAACAAUCACAUGGACUCUACCUAACGGGCUUGUUAUGGACAAACCUCAAACCCUGGGCCGGGUGACCUUCCUCUCCAACGGGACCCUCCUCCUCAGGCAGGUGUCCACGUUCGACAAAGGAACAUACACAUGCAGAGCCCUCAACUCUUUUGGUUCGUCGACGCUCUCCCUCCCAGUCACAGUGAUGGUGUUCCCCCCACUCAUCACCAACACCCUGACCUCCAUCACCAGAGUCAGCAGAGGAUCACCGGUGACUUUGAAGUGUGUCGCCUCAGGUAUCCCCAAGCCUGAUAUUUCAUGGACGUUACCUGGACGCACAACCCUGGUGCCACAUAACCGGUUCACUGUUCAAGGAGGGAUUCACAUGACAGAGGAGGGCAACCUGGUCAUUCAGAACCCUGUGCUCAUGAACUCUGGCAUUUACAAAUGCAACGCUAAAAACGCACUCGGAACAGACUUUAAAUCCACGUACCUACAAGUGGUCUGAAAGACAGUUUUUAGUAUAAUACCAGAAAAAGGACAACAUGUUGAGGACUUUGUUUUUGUAAGGAUUUAAUUUACAGCACAGGAAACGUACUCACAUACAUCACAGAAUUUAAAAACUGCCUGAAUGCCGGCUUGGAUUAGUUUACCCUGGAAAGAAACAUCCACUGAACAGUGUUUCAGAGUUACAGAUGUGGAUUUUAUAUUCAAGCCUUUUUUUCUUCUUUAAUGCAGUCUUUUGUUUUAUGGUUUGAAUGAUGGCUGCUCUGUGGUGCAGCAGUUAGCGCUAUCAACUAACAGCAAGAAGGUUCCUGUAGUCCACAUCCCAGACAGCGGCCUCUCUGGGUCUCACUGUGCAUGUGUGGGCUCUCUUUGGGUGCUUUCUCCCACGCUCCAAACACAUGCUCCAGAGGUUAACUGAGAGAAAAAGAUUGUCCGUCUCUACAUUUAAGCCCUGUGAUUGACAGCUAACCUGUCCAGGUGUAUCCUGACUCUCACCAAGUGACAGCUGGUGAUGACUCUUGCCUCCUGUUUCCUCAGUCAUGAUCAGUGGUAUAGAUAUUGUAUGGAUGGUGAUUAAAGAUGUUUACAUUCUUUUAAA